AUGGUGAUCGCAGGUACACACCAGCGCCCUGCGAAUCAUCAUCGCAAUGUGAUCACAACCACAAUACAAGCACCAGUAACAACAGCAGCAGCAGUGGCGGCCGCUGCAUCAGCCGCCAAUCAUCAUAUACAUCAACAACAGCAACAACAACAACAGCAGCAACAGCAGCAGCAACAACAACAGCACCAGCAAUUACAACAUAACCACACAAACAAUCCGAAUAAUGGUAAUACGAUUAUCACAACCGCCGCUGCACCGUCCAAUGCCAUCGAACAUUUCAACGUAACAUCCAUUGGCGAAUUGUCCAAUGUGCAAUUGAGCAGUAUCAAUGCACAAUUAGUGGGCGGUAGUGUAACACCCGAAGGUAAUCUGGUGACCAUGGGUGGCGUGGUCAUCGGACGUAUACAUUCGGCGUCAUUGCAAAGCAACGGACACACACUACAACCACAAUUGCGCACGACAGCACAGCCGGCCACCAGAGAGGAAUUGCAACAGUUGGGCGUGAUUAAGGUAGAGUCGCCAGCUGCUGAGUUUCAAAAUGAGGGAUGAGUUGAGUACGAAUUGCUGCUUGAGUAUAUGCUCAAGGAAGACGAGGAGGACUAUGCAGCCGCUUGCAAUGAUAAUAAAUUAAAUGCCAACGCCAGUGAUGCCGUUAAGGAUGGCCGAAAAUCGGAUGUAGUGUGUAGUGAUGCGAUUGGCAGUAGUGAAAGUGCUGGUAAUUGAACGCUUACAAGUGCAUGCGGCAAACGCUUAGCGUAUGUGUGGCAAGCAUAUUGAAUUUGCGGUCAUAAUUGUUGCUAGUUAUUUAAAUGCAGUUAUCGGAAAGUGAAGAAAAGCAUAUUAUCACCAACAUCAUUAGUUUAAUACAUACACAAUACGCUGUUGUUGUCAACAUAAUCAACGCCAACAAAUUUGAACUUGUAAUAAAGUGACAUGCGCUUAAGACCUAAAAUACAAGCAAAAAAAAAAAAACAGAAAUCGGUAAACCUGUAACAAAAACAUGACACACUUGCUCAUUUACACAUACAUACACACGUGUUAUAACUGCUGUGGUUUGGUGUAUGCUUUUCGAAACUCAAACUCAAACUCAAAUUCAAAUCCACACACACACACAAUUUAAAUUACAAAUAAUAUUGAACCACAACCGUUUGAAAUAAAUAAGGAAAAAUUAUGAAAAUCAAAGAAAAAAACAAACCUCUAUAGCCGUUAAGACAGAAAGUAGCAACAAACAUGAUAAGAAUAUCAAAAAGAGAAAAAAAAAAACAAAAAACAACAACAAAAGAGAGUAAAACUAAAACUAAUUUAAAUAAUUAUAGGGGAAAUAUACUAUUUUAUGGGGGUUAGUUAAAAAGAAAUUAAAAAUAAACAAACAACAAAAACAAAAAAGUUUAAAGCACAAAUUGCUGCAAAAAUAUAUUUUACCGUAUGCAUUUGAGUGUUAUUUGUUAUGAAAUUGGUUAUGAAUUCUGCUAGUUGUUGUUGUGCGCGAAACAUGCUUUUUUCGUUACGUUUAAACGUGUUGUAGCAACGCAGUCACGUGUACGCUGCGUGUGCAUGUGUAUGCUAGUUACAUUAGAAACGUUGAAUUUCCUAACUAAGUAAGCACUUAUUGCGUUCCACACUCCUACAUACGUACAUACAUACAUGCAAACACAAUUUAUAUGUUUAAUUCAUAUAUAAUAUAAAUAAUUAAUGGCAAUGCAUUAAGUGGUAAUUAUGACAAUAAGCUCAUAAAGAAAUAAAUACACGCGUAAUUGUUGUACCACAUACACAACAACACAGAAUUUAUAACGAAAAUCAUAGCUUAUAUCGUGUGGCCAACUCAAGCGUUAUGGUGACUUAAAAAAGUGUAAUUUAAAUUUCAUUAUAAUGACCUAUUUUGUAUUUUAGUUUAAUAUUAAUAAUUCACACACAGCAAAUGAGACUUGUUUGUACUUGGAAGCUUAAAAACAACUACUACUAUUUUUUAUUAGAUUAGAAUACACUUAAACGAAGUCGAAGUGUUAUCGUAGCAGAAUAAGUGCGUUGUAAAUGAUGAAAUCGCUUUAUGUUUAUGAUUUUCUAUUUUUUAUUAUUAACAUUUUAUUUUAUUAUAUAUUUGGCUAAAAACAAACAAACAAAAUUUUUUUUUUUGGUGAAAACUUGUUUGAAUUGUAUGAAAACACAAUACCUUGUUAAGGUACAAUUUUAAUUUAUUACUAAGUUUAGACUGUAAAGUUUAUUGAAUUUUUGUAGAUAUAAAGUUAACACACACACACACGCGCGCGUUUUUCCACUACUUUUGUUGGUUAAUUGAAAUUAUUAUAAAUUAUUUCAUACAUGUUUAAAAAAAGAAAUGGCGUUUAGAGGCGCAGUGGAAAACUAAAAGAAAACAAAAACACUAUUAUAAUUAUCGAUGUUUUAUUUGAGUAUAAGCGAAAUGUAAAUGAAACUACAAAAGAAAAACGAAAAAAGAGAGAAAUACAAAUUUCUAUGUUUUAUAUAAAUUUUAAUUUUCCAAAAAAAAAAAAAAAAAGAAAAUUGCCAUUAGGGUUUAUUAAAUACUAAAAGCUAAAGCAAAGUGUAGAGGUAUAGCGCGGCAGGCAGGCAGGCAAGCGCUGAAUGCCGUUGUUAAUAUUUAUGUGGAGAAUAAAGUUGAUUUAUGAAAAUGAUUGCGAAUUUCGAAAAGAAACUGUUUCUAUAAUUAGACAUUAGCGUGUAUGUUUUUGUUCCAAAAUUUGCACAACAGAAAUUUGUAUAAGCAGCCUACAAUACUACUUAACGCUUGGACUCUUGGCGAAAAGACUUAGUUUUUGUUUAAAUAAUUUUAAAAAUUUUACAAAAACAAAAAACGCUUUCGUUCAAAAUGAGUGCGCAAAAUUUGUUUCGAUUUAUCAUUUCAUUACCAACAACAACAACACAAACACCUUUUGGCCUGUAAAAUAUUUAAAUAUAUAGAUUGUUUUUUUUCUUCUUUUAUAGCGCUGCUUUAAUUUACGGCAUGACACAUAGUGUUAUGUAUGAACUUUCAAAAAGUUACAGCGCAUGUGUCACACACAGCAUAACGUUAUGCACUGUAGAUAGUUGUAUAUGUACAUAUGUAUGUAGUGGUUGGUUGUUGUCGCGUCGGCGCACUAACGUCAACAGGCAAUUGCAACAGGUCAUUUAUAGUGAGUGAGUGUCUGUAUUGCUACAAAAACAAAAAAAAAAAAAAUCAACAAAAAUGAAAAUUGAAAAAAGAAACGAAUUCAAAGCCGCUUACAUAUUGUAUAUUGUAUUAGUUUGUGUAAAAAAAAAUAAUUAUAUAUAUGUGUGUAUAUGUAAAUUGAAAAUAUUUUUAUGAAUUUCCAUGUAUUACAUGCAUAUAUACAUAGUAUAAAUGAAAGUCUGUAAUAAAGCUUAAAAAACACACACACACAUGCAAAUCCAAUAACUAAUCAAUUAAGUUAAACAACAAAAAGAAAAAAGCGGUAAAAAAAGAAAUUGUAACGGUACGGUAUUCGUAAGUUUUGUUGUAUGAGUAUUUAAGUUGAACAUGCAGUGUAGUGCAGUGCAGUGCAGGUAAAGUGAAGAGUGUAGCAACUACUAUGGCAUUGCUGCGCCGCUGCAUACUGCAUAGUUUAUACAUAGAAGAGGGGAAAGACUCGUCGUAAUUUCGUUAAGAUGUACUCGAAAAUUACAUUUAGUUGUCAGCUCUUUUGACUCUUGUGAUCGUCAAAGGAAUUGACCUCAACUGAAACUGAUAAUAAUAAUAUUAAUAAUAAUAAUAAUAAUAAUAUGUAAUAACUUAUAAUUAUAUUAUUUAAUGUUGGCGGUAGAGAGUUUAACUAACUAGCACUGCGUUGCCCAAAAUGUUUUCCUUUCAUUUUGUAUAAAUAAACUAUAAAACAUAUUAAUAAAGAAUUAAACAAGAAAAAAAUUAAAAAAAUAAAAACAAAAACAAUUAUAAGCGUUACUUUAGACAAUUGCUUGUAAACAUAAUUACACAUACAUAUGUUUUAAGCGCGAAGACAUGUAUUUAUAUAUAAUUUACUAUUUGAUUGUAAACAAAAGUUACUUUUGAGACUACAUACAUAUAAAAAGCUUAAAAUGAGCAGAUUGCACACUA